GGGGGGGACGCGGGGGGGAAUGCUAGCAACACAUGUGUCACAGAAGCGGUGUAUAAGAACCAGGUAUCACUGACCACGAGAGACCAGGGAUUUCCUUGGUCAAAGACUAAUUUAUAGGAGUCUAACUACUUACUACUUUAAGUACUUAGAUUACCCAGCCGAUACCAAAGCAUUGUCUAGCUACAUUGUAGUACAUACUUUAGUCCAUAAGGUCAGUUUUAGGACACCUAAACUUUUCCUCGACGCUAUCAAUUACAUUUCAAGAAGACAAAAAGUUCCAAUCAUGGCCCCCUCGCUCGCACAGGCCUACGGGAGGCGCUGGUGGAUGGCGGUGACGGCGGUGCUGGAGAACCUGCUGUGUUCGGCCGUGCUGCUGGGCUGGGGCUCCCUGCUCAUCAUGCUGAAGAGGGAGGGCUUCUACUCGCACCUCUGCUUAGAGGAAAACGACACCGUUGUCGCUAAUGGGACCGUGUUGAAUACGGAGGAUUGGCUCAGCUGCGUGGAACAGGAAGAGAUGCUGAAUCUGGGCUUUACCAUUGGCUCCUUCCUCCUCAGCGCCGCCACCCUGCCCCUCGGCAUCCUCAUGGACAAGUACGGGCCGCGCCCCCUGCGUCUCCUCGGCAGCUUCUGUUUUGGUCUCUCCUGUGCUAUUAUGUCACUGUCCUCCUAUGACCCCAGUGUCUUCUCCGCUCUCAUCUUCCUCGCUCUCUCCUUCAACGGCUUCGGAGGGAUCUGCCUGACCUUCACGUCCCUCACGCUGCCCAACAUGUUUGGCAGUCUGAGCUCCACCAUCAUGUCUCUGAUGAUUGGCUCCUACGCCUCCUCCGCCGUCACCUUCCCUGGAGUCAAGCUGAUCUAUGACGCGGGCGUGUCGUUCCAAGUGAUCAUGUGGGUGUGGACGGGGCUAGCCGGCUUGGUGUUCAUCAACUGCUUCCUGAACUGGCCCGUGGAGGGCUUCCCCACACCCGACGAGGUCGACUACAGGAAGCAGUUCUCCCUGCCUGCCGGGGCUGCCGGAGAGGGGGAGGCGGUCGGGGAGAAGCUCAGCCAGAAGAACGGAGACGUCAGGCAUUCCUUGGAGAAACUCCCCGAAGCGUCAGACGCACAGAACGCCGUCUCAUUCCGCAGCUCUGUCUUCUCGCCCAUAUUCCUGUGGAGUCUGAUCACCAUGGGGAUGUCCCAGCUGCGCAUCAUCUUCUUUAUGGGCGCCAUGAACAAGAUGCUGGAGUUCCAGGUCACCCACGGCGACCCCCACCCCUCCGAGGUCAUCGCCCAUGAAGCACAGAAGAAAGUGGAUUUCUACUCGUCCAUCUUUGGCACCCUGCAGCUGCUCUGUCUGGUCACCUGCCCUCUGAUUGGCUACAUCAUGGACUGGAAGAUGAAGGAGUGCAAGGAGGAAAAGAACGGCGUGACGGAGAAGAAGCAGCCGCUGAGAGACGCCAAGAUCCAGAAGCUGACCAACGCCAUGAGGGCUUUCGUCCUCACCAACCUGCUGCUGCUGAUCUUUGGCAUACUCUGCCUCAUAGACAACCUGCCCCUACAGAUCCUGACGUUCAUCCUGCACACCAUGGUCAGGGGCUUCAUCCACUCCUGCUGUGGAGGCCUGUACGCUGCUGUGUAUCCCUCCAACCACUUUGGGACUCUGACGGGGCUCCAGUCGAUGAUCAGCGCUCUGUUUGCUCUGCUGCAGCAGCCCCUCUUCAUCCUCAUGGUGGGAACACUGAACGGGGACGCCUACUGGAUUAACCUAGGGAUGCUCAUCUUCUCAUUGGCUGGCUUCCUGUUGCCUGGAUACCUGUUCUACCAUCGCAGAUGCCUGAUAAAGCAAAAGGUGGCCCGAGAUGAGCAAACCAUUGGCCAAGAGAGAGAGGCUCUAAACCACUCAGAGACCAACGGCUACAAACACCAUGGCAACGGACACAGCAUCCAGGAAUCUUAGGGCCGGACUUCCAGAGAAAGGCCUCACUGAGGAUUGUGGGAAGUGUGGUUUCCUCAAGUACCACACAGUUGCUUGCUAAAGCAAUUCCGUCAGCAUUCAUGUUUUCUUAUAUUUCAAGAAUGAAGUUAGCGUAGGCUAAUUGUAGUGUCUGGUUUUGCUGACUAUCAGUUAAGCGAUAUACUUUCAGGUUAAUUUCAGGUCAUUCUUGAAAUUGGUGAUUUGCUCAGAGGUGCAUUCAAAAGAAAUUGUGUCCUAGAUUUGCUGUUAUUAAAUUAUAUUUAUUCAGGCAAUUUUCUUAUUUUUUAAGAAGAAAAAUCGAAAUGUCUUGUUCAAAUGAAGAAGCCUCGAAUGUAACUCUGCUGCAGAUGCCUGCACACGUUGUAUGACCAGUGUCAGCCAUAGUUCCUUUGACACUUGAAAUACUGUAUCAGCACAUUACUUCUGCUAUGAACACUCAAUCCGUGCUAACACCAAAGAUUAAUUAUACUCUAGUAUUUGUAAUAUAACCUAGAAAUCAUACCAAAAUACCAAAUAUUAUGUCCCAUAAUAUUUCAAUUUUUACAGAUGAUCUCAUACAUCCACAUCCUCCAGAUUGAGAGGUGGCCCAAGGCAUGCUCGUGAUCUGGAGUGCAGACAGUUACACAUGGUGCACCCAAGUUGACAGCUGGUAGAGACAAGAGACACAACUACCUCUAGAAAUCACUCUUUACAAUCAGCACCCGUACUCUAAUUAAAAAUAAAAGAAAAUUGUGAUUGAUGACAGGCAAGCUUUAAGACUGAAAGUUUGAACUACAUGAAUCACUUCAGAUUUACGCACAGGAACACUUGUUAAAAUGUAUUUUUUACGUUUUAUCUGCUUAUGUGUGUUAAAAAGGGAUUUACUGUAUUUUUUUAGCAAAUGUAUUAUUCUUUUUAGCGUCAUGAUUAAUAAUUGUAAUUUGAUGUGUGUUCUGCUUAUUUGAGCCAUGUGAGCCAAACUGGGCAGGUUUUUGUAAAUAGAUAUAUAAGGUUUCUUUCUCAUUUAUUCUGGUAUUUUACUGUACAUAUUUUACCAAUGGAAUGUUAUACAACACAACUGUCUGAAACUAAACUUGGGGCCCUGUUAUCGAAGUACCAAAUAGUUAAGUAUCCAGGAUAAGACAUUUUUUUUUAGAAUUGCAAUAUGCAUUUUUUGCCUUGUGUGAAACUAGAUAUAUUUGAGAUACAUCUCACCAUAUGCAAUAUGAUACCAUCGGGUACACGUCAUUUAUAUGCAAUUAUUAAUGCUAGUUGAGGGCAGUGACUGAACAUGGGAGUUUUAUUGGUGUGAUCUCCACACCGUUACCUGAAAUCACUCCAACACAUUGGAUUGAAUGUACAUAAAAACACAACUGCCACUUUUCUAGGGGUUAUACAUGUUUGGUCUUCACUGCAACAUGCAGAAGAGGGUUUGGUCUGUACUGCAACAUGCAGAACAGGGUUUGGUUCACAGUCCUCUCUCAGUCUGCAGCAAACUACAAUCACUUGGAUUUCAAGUGCUGAACUCAAACCAGUAAAUGAUCCUGUUUAUCUGAUUUUAUAAACCUUUGUUUAUUUCACUUGCAGUUUCUGCUUGUAGAACAUCAACUGACUUGUACUAUUUUCCUCAUGGGAAUGUAAGUUUGCCAUUUCAUGUAACCUAUUGUAUUCAACGAGUGUCAGGGGGGAAAUGUCAGCCUUCCUCGUCAUUCGAAGUCUAUUGCUUGUGCAUACCGUUUCAAUUAAUAAACAAUGUAGAUAAUAA